AUGGUUGGCUUCCCCGACGUUGUACGCAACAUAGUACCAUAUCAUCUCCUAGCUUACGGCACAUUGCUCGGAAUGCAGCUCUACCAGAGUUUCAUCAACACCGGCAUAUGCUACCGCGCCCUCCCCCUGCCCCAGUUCACGACGCUCCAGAAACGCAUCUUCCCAGCCUACUUCCAAGCCUCCGUCAUCCUGGUCGGCCUGACCGCCUUUACGCAUCCACCCAGGGGACUUAGUUCCUUGGUCCACCAUGGCUAUGAUGUUGUUCCGCUGGCGAUCGCUCUCGUCAUGAACGUGCUGAAUUGGGUGGUGUAUGGGCCGAGGACUACGCAGGCGAUGGUUGAGAGGACCCAUCAAGGUCUCAGACGAGAGACAGAAGCCACAGGGAGGCUGGAGGCAUAA